GAACCAAGAUUUUACGCUAUCUAACCGUUCUAGAAACGAUGUAUACCGUACUGUACUUUUCUGUGACGUCCCCAGAAGAAGUUGUACUUCAGAGGAGGAGAAAGGUGGUUUGGUUUUGACUGGAUGGAGGACUCGGGGAAAUUGUCAGCGGUCUGACUACCUAGCAGAUCUCUGCAGUACGCUCCUAUAACUGAGGCAGCCAAUUUCAUAAGUGCGAGGAUUGUCGCCGAUGAUUAUUUUUUCUUCCUCGUUUCUGCGUAGUAAUCGGACUUCUGCCGUAGACUAGGAGAGUCGCUCACGAGGAGUAAAGCGCGGUUUGGGAUUAACUCUUCGGUCCAUCGACAGUUUUCUGUGUGAUGGGUGGAGACGAUUGUGCGGAAGCUGUAGGGAAGCCGAUUCGCAAGGAGCGGGAGGGGACAAGGGAGUUUCUGCUGUUUAGAGCGCUCAAAUGGCAAGACAACAUAUACAAACUCGGAGACGCUGUCCUUGUGUGGUCUGAUGAAAGCUUAAGCAAGACUGUCCAUGGCUCCCAGGACGAGCCAGCUAUCAACGACGAACCCCGUCCAUAUGUUUGCAUCAUUCAGGAAAUACGCCAGCAAGUGAGAGGCCGUGCUCUGGCGCCGGUUGAAGUCGUCGGUCAGUGGAUGUAUACAGUUCAGGAGAUUCUGGAUAACAGGCAGACGUUGCAUGGCUUCAGCAGCUCCUCAUGCUCGUCAUCACUGCCGUACAGCGAACAGGAGCUAGCGGAUCCUCGCCUUAUCUUCUACUCGUUUCACAUCGACCCGUUUGAUGCUGAAGCGAUUGCUGGAAGAUGCACGAUUCACGUGCUUCCACGUGUCAAGGGUUUCCCUAACGAAGAAGAAUCUGGCGGAUUUGUGGUGCACUUUGUCUAUCGCCAUAUGGAUGGACGAACUGUGGCCGUUGAUGACUGGAAUAGGAUGGAACGGUGGGAACGGAAGGAGAUUGAAGCGGAGUUGGAGGCAACGCGAAUCAGGCUGGAGAAGAUGCAGAGAGAAAUUUCUGUGAAAUUUAUGAAUUUGGCCCAGAGGAAGCGUGCCAGGGAGGAGGGGUCUGGAGAGGGGCUGGAAUCUGAAGAUGGUGAAGAUGAGCCGAUUUGUGGAAGGAUGGCGGAAUCGGUGAAGAGGAGGCGAGAAGCUGACGUGGAGAGCUCGGGUGAUGAUGACGAUGAUGUUCCAAUAGGGGCGAGAGUUGACAACGAGAAGGCAAGGAGGAGAAAAGUCGCCGAGCAGAGGGAGUCGUUACAGCAUAACCUGGCUGCUGUCAUGCAAGAUUCGGAGGCUGUCACGAAGUCUGUUCCAAAGGCUGUCAAGGAGUGGUCAGGCGUCGGUUUUAAGCGCCUGAGGAAGAUGAGGCAGCGUGUGGUAGUAGCUGAUGAGGAGAAGGAGGAGGAGAAGGAGGAGGAGGAACUUGGUGGUGGUGAGCUGGACGAAGAUGGCAGCAGGCUCAAUGGGAAGGAUGGAUUCUCAGGAGAUUUUUUCUGGGACCGGCAGAGUAGGGGUGGAGGGCUGGAUGCAGAAGGGGGUCCGGAUGCACCAAUGACCAAGCAGCAGACCUGGGAGUCUGUUGAGGAAGUGAAUGGAGAGCCAAGGGCAGUUGUGAGGGGAGAGGGAGCAGUGAGGAGAUUAGUGUCGUUAACGAGGGGUUUGGAAGGGAGGGGGGGGAGGAAGGACGGGAGAGCUGGUGCAGUUGCCCUUGGUCGCUGCUCCUUGGCUGAGGGACCCGACAAAGUUGGGGAGAACGCGUAUGGCGGCCAGAGGCAGGGGGGGUGCGGGAAGGGAAGAGAAAGAGGAGAAGUGAGUAAGGUUGGAGAGGAUGAGGAAAACAAGGAGACAGGAAAAGAGAGGUCGAGGGAAGGUGGAAGCAAUCUGGGAAGGUCGCAGAGUGGAAAACGCGUCAUGGCCUCAAGCAAUAAGCUUGGUUCUGCUGCGGCUGCUGCUGCUGCUCCUUCUGCUUCUGCUGCUGGCGCUGCUGGUACCAGAUACCGUGCUCCCAGUGCUGGACCGGGUCCCUCCGUUGCUGGCAAAGUCAUCCCCGUUACUGCUGAAGCAGAGAUCCUGGAGCGUGCUGGCUGCUGCACCGGCAGCCGGAAGCGGGACCACAUGCUAGAGUGGCUUCUCUCCGCCCUUCUCUCCUGCGCCCCCUCACCUGGGUCUUCGCCUGGCGCCACAACCACUGCUGCCUUUCCCACGGCCAGCUCCUCUGCUGCUGCUUCUGCUGCUGCAAUCCGCUCCGACCUCCCCUCUGCUGCAGGCGCAGAUUCUUGCAAGUACCAGGGACAGUUGGAGUGGGAGAUGAAGGCAGCAGAGGCGGUGGCUGGUUUGGAAAGGCUGGCAAAUGAGACGCUGGGAGAUGGCUUGGGGUCCAAGUAUGCGCUCAAGCUGAGAGCCGUACGAGCGAAUUUCAAGAGCGGGGAGUGCCUCUCUCGUCGGUUCAUUCUGGGAGAGCUCCAACCAUCAGUCGUGCUCUCCAUGUCACCAGAAGAGCUCAAGGAUGGUCUGACGAGGCGGGAGAAGGCGCUGAUGGCUCCUCCUGCCACCACGAGACCGGGGCGGAGCGAUUUUGUGCAGUGGGUGGGGAUGCGGUGCUCCCAGUGCGCCCUGCGGGGGGAACGGCAAGUGAAGGUGCUGGAUAUUCUCAACAGCCCCAGGGGCCAGCAGUACAAGCUGGAGUGCACAUCGUGUGGCCAUGAGUGGUUCGUCUCUGCUGAUGCUGUUCUUGCCACCUCCGCACCAGCAAAGCCUGCUGAUCGUGUCCAAGCUGCUACUCCUCUCGCUGUGACUCGUGAUAACCAUACUGCCGCCGCUGCUCCUGCUGCUGGUGCCACAGCUGCCACUCCUAUGGGUGUGACUCGUAACAAUGCCACCAGUGCUGCUCCUGCUCCUGCUCCUUCUCGUGCUCCCUCUCCUCCUGGUUUUACACGUAAAACUGCAACUGCUGUUGCUGCUGCUGCUGCUGCCCCUCGUGCUCCCUCUCCUCUUGGUGUGACGCGUGACAGUGCCACUGCCACUGCUGCUCCUGCGGCGUGUGCCACCGGCCCUGCUGAUAUGUCUCGUGGCACUGCUACUACUCCUGCUGCUGCUUCUCCUCCUGCUCGUGCUCCCUCACCUCCUGGUUUUACACGUAGCACUGCAACUGCUGCUGCUGCAGCUGCUGCCCCUCGUGCUCCCUCUCCUCUUGGUGUGACUCGUGACAGUGUGACUGCUGCUGCUGCUCCUGCGGCUCGUGCCUCCAGUCCUGUUGCUGUGUCAUGUGACACUGCCGCUACUCCUGCUGCUGUUGCCCCUGCUGCUGUUGCCCCUGCUGCUGUUGCCCCUGCUGCUGUUGCCCCUGCUGCUGUUGCUCCUGAUGCUGCUGCUCCUGCUGCUCGUGCUUCCACUCCUGGUGGUACAGCAGGUUUCUCUGCCACCACUGUCGCUACUGCCACUGCUCCUUGCGCCCCUUCUCUAGGUGCAUUCGGUAUCCCUGCAACUGCUCAUACCUCCACUCCUGUUGGCGCAACUCGUAACCUCGCCACUGCGACCCGUACCCCCAGCCCUCCUGGCACAACAGCAAGCUCUGCUGCUGCCAUUUCUGGUGUAGCUGCUCCACACACCACCGCUCCUCCUGGUGUGGCUCCAAGCCGCGCCUCUGCUCCCCUUGCCCCCAGCCCUCCUGGUACGACAAGCAAUCCUGCUGCCGCUGUUGCUGCUGUAGCUGCUCCUCGCGCCUUUCCUGCUCUUGGUGUAAGUGGUCAUGUGCCCACUCUUGCCGCCGCUGCUGCUGCCGCCGUUGCAGCUGCUGCCUCUGCUCCUGUUCGCGCCCCCUCUCCCACCCUUGGGGAAAGUACUGACUUCGUAGUGGCUGCUGCCCUCUCUGCUGAUUUCUCCGGGCGUGUUAGGUCAGGGAGGGUGUAUGCUGGUCAAGGGGAGUGGGUGGGCGCUGAAGGGGAGGGAGUCAACAUUGGUCAAGGGAAAUGGGUCAAUGGUGAAGGGAAGUGGGCUAAAGCUGGUCAAAGGGAGGGGAUUCAGUGCAACAGUAAGUCAAGGCCACGAAAGCGGUCUUCAGAUCAAGCUCCCGGACAGCAGUUGCGUUGUGAGCCUACUCAGCACCCAGAGGGGCCUCAACAGCAGCAGCAGCAGCAGCAGCAGCGUUUGUGCUUUCAGACACCCCUGCAGUGUCAGCAGUACCCGCAGCAGCACCAGCAGCAGCAUCUCCACGAUCGUCAGCAGCAGCAGCACCUCCACCAGCAGCAGCAGCAGCUACGGGAGCAAAAGGAGCCUAAGGAGAAUCAGCCUCAGGAUCUGCAGCAAGAGCAGCCGCAUCAGCCACGUCAGCAGCCGCAUCAGCCACAUCAGCAGCCGCAUCAGCUGCAUCAGCAGCCGCAUCAAUCACAUCAACAAACUCCAGCCUCUAGUUCAGUCCAAGCUCUUCACCGACUUUCUCCCUCCCAUCACCCUCGCAUUCCUGCCGACCUUCCCCCCCCCUCACACCCCACUUGUCAUCCUACAGUGGCCGUUUCUAAUCCUUCUCUUAAGCCCAUACCCCCUGGCUUCUCCCCUCUUUCCUCGCCCACACGUGCCUCUGCCUCUGUUUCCGCAGCUUCCCCCUCUGCUGCUGCUGCUGCUCUUGAUGCCCCUGCCACUGUGCCAAUUCCUACUGACGUUUUUAGAUCCAUCCCCCCUGGUUUCUCCCCCCAUUCCUCACCCACACACAUCCCCGCCUCUGGUCCAACUGCCAGCACUAAUGGAGCUUUCACUGCUGCUGUUGCUCCCUCUGCUGCUGCUGUUCGUGAUGCUCCCAUUCCCACUGUGACUGUUAGAUCCGUCCCUCCUGGUUUCUCCCCUCCCUCCUCACCCACUCACACCCCCGCCUCUCCUCCAACUGCCACCACUGCUGGAGCUUGUUCAGCUGCUUCCUCUGCUGCUGCUCUUGCUGCUCCUGUUGCUCCUGCUGCCCCUGCUGCCCCUGCUGCCCCUGCUGCCCCUGCUCCUUUCUUUGCUGCCGCCGCUCCUGCUUCUCUUGAUGCUCCUGCUACCAUGCGGAUUCCUCCUGUCGGCUUUAGAUCCAUCCCUCCUGGUUUCUCCCCGCCUUCCUCACCCUCACACACUCCCGCGUUUGCUCCAACUGCCACCACUGCUGAAGCUUCUACAGCUGCUUUCUCUGCUGCGCCUGCUUCUCGUGAUGCCCCUGCUACAAUGCCGAUUCCUACUGUCGGCUUUAGAUCCAUCCCUCCUGGUUUCUCCCCUCCCUCCUCACCCACACACACCCCCACGUCUGCUCCAACUGCCACCACUGCUAGAUUUUCUAUAGCUGCUUCCUCUGCUGCUCCUGCUACUCUUGAUACCCCUGCUACCGUGCCGAUUCCGACUGUCGCCCUUAGAUCCAUCCCUCCUGGUUUCUCCCCUCCUUCCUCACCCACACACGGACCUGCGACUGCUCCUACCACCACCACUGCUGGAGCUUCUACAACUGCUCCUGCUCCUGCUCAGGCUGCUGUUGCCGCUGCGUUAGGAGAAGCGGGGCGAGCAGAAUCAUCAACAGCAGGAAAAGUGGGGGUCGGAAGGGGAGCAGCAGCAGCAGCAGCAGCAGCUCCAGCAGGCAAGGGAGGGGCACAGCUGAAGCCAGUGGUGGGGCGACACCUAUCAACCAUCAUGGUGAGCCACUCUAAACCACACAGCAGGCCUACGAACCACAGUGGGCCAAUCGUCAAGCCAGUUAUGAGGAUUCCUGGGAGUGCUGGUGUGUACAAUGCUGGUGAUGCACCAGCAACACCCUCAGCAGCAGCACCAACGACACUUGCAUCAGCAGCAGCAGCAGCAGCAGCAGCAGCCAUGGCAUCACCAGCAUCAGAAGUGAUAGACUUAGAUGAGGAGCCUGACCUUACUUUUCCAAACCCACCUGACUUUUCACCUGACAGCGCUGACCUUCCACCUGACACUCGUCACCAUCCGCCUGCCCUCAAGCCAGCCUCGCCGCUGGCUUUACCUCCAACCCCUGCCAUGUGUCCCUCCUCUCCGGUAGUGAUCGAUCUAGAUGACAUAGCGUAGAUAGCUCCCAGGAAUAAGGUUGCUCGGAACAAGUCAGCCAAUGGGGGAGUAGGAGAGGGUAUGAGCAGCAGCUAGCAGCCUUCAUGGACCCGCCUGGUACAACAGCCAUGGCAAAUAAUCCACUCUGAUAGUCUGGCGUCAACCUGACUCGAGGCACUGAUACUGACGACUUAGGGGGGGGGGGGUUGAUGUGACAGCAUGGGGAAGGUGAUUGAUCUGACAGCAUGGGGGGUGGUUGAUCUGACAGCAUGGGGGGUGGUUGAUCUGACAGCAUGGGGGGUGGUUGAUCUGGCAGCAUGGGGGGUGGUUGAUCUGACAGCAUCCAGGAGGGGAGGGGGGUGUUGAUCUGACAGCAUUGGGGGGGGGGGGGGGACUGUCCUGACAACAUAGGGGGAGCUUGAUCUGACAUGAUGGGGGGUUGAUCUGACCACCUUGAUUGGCUUCAGAGUGGUUUCCGCAGCGUGUGUUGACACCUGAGCAGAGUGGAGCACGUGAGAGCCUGCUGUGCAAUGUGAUACUCUUUCAACUGGCAGGUUGCUACUAGUUGCCAUCAUCACUACAGUACAUCUCAUUCUUGUCUCAUUGUAGGCUGCGCUGUACACUGCUAGUGGUGGACUCAAUAAGUGCACUCGCAAGAGUGAGCAGAUGCUCUACUUCACUGUUGGUAGGGAGCAUGCCAUUAUGCUGUUGAGGAAAAGUACAGCAGACAUGGGUCUAAUGCAGUGUAUACUC